GAGUUGUACAAGCCGGUCCCUGCGAUACAAUCUGCCGAGAGGAGGAGGGGGUGAAGGAAAAAAACCAACUGGGUAGGUCGGUCUUUGUUUCUGGCUAGGAGGAAAAACCGAGAGACGUUGAAACCGGUGAGGAAUCAAACAUCACCUUUCACCACUCUUGGGUCCUUGCUGCUGCCACUCAUUUCAAGUUUCCCCUGAGAGAUGUCCACUCCUGACCCGCCGAUGGUAGGGACACCUCGGCCUGGACCCUCCCCAGGCCCAGGGCCAUCUCCAGGAGGCAUUAUGGGACCAAGCCCGGGACCCUCACCAGGCUCAGCCCACAGUAUGAUGGGGCCCAGCCCAGGACCUCCUGGAACUGUACACCCUCAUCCUCCACAGGGACCCUCAGCAUAUCCUCAGGAGAACAUGCACCAGAUGCACAAACCCAUGGAAGCCAUGCAUGAGAAGGGAAUGAUGCCUGAUGACCCUCGCUAUGCACAGAUGAAGGGCAUGGGCAUGAGACCAGGGGGACACAGUGGUAUGGGACCUCCUCCAAGCCCCAUGGACCAACAUUCCCAAGGUUACCCUUCACCAUUGGGUGGGUCAGAGCAUGCACCUAGCCCUGUCCCAGCCAAUGGCCCUCCCUCUGGCCCCAUGAUACCUGGGGGUCCGCCUGGUCCCGGGGCAGGACCUAUGGAGGGCAGUGGUGAUCCCAAUCAGGGCAUGGGUCAGCCUAACCGUGGUGGUCCCCCUCCAGUUGGACCAGUAGGUGGACCUGGUGCUGCAGGUGGACCCACUCCUUUCAACCAGAACCAGUUGCACCAACUCAGGGCCCAGAUAAUGGCUUACAAAAUGCUGACACGCAGUCAGCCUCUACCAGAGCACUUGCAGAUGGCUGUGCAAGGGAAGAGGCCCAUGCCAGGGAUGCAGCAGCAGCCGGUGCCUAACAUGCCACCUUCUGCAGGACCUGUAGGUGGGCCCGGGCCCGGGCCUGGGCCGGGACCAGCUCCAGCCAACUACAACAGACCACCACAUGGCAUGGUAGGCCCCAACAUGGCACCUCCUGGACCUGCAGGCGUUCCCCCUGGUAUGCAAGGCCAGCCCAACAAUGGACCUCCUAAAUCAUGGCCCGAAGGACCUAUGGUGAAUGCUGCUGCUCCAUCAAACCCACCUCAGAAGCUGAUUCCACCUCAACCCACUGGCAGACCGUCCCCUGCGCCUCCCUCCGUGCCUCCUGCUGCCUCCCCAGUCAUGCCCCCUCAGACACAGUCCCCAGGCCAGCCUGCCCAGCCUCCCCCUAUGAUGCUCCACCAGAAGCAAAACCGCAUAACCCCAAUUCAAAAACCCCGUGGGCUGGACCCAGUGGAGAUCCUUCAGGAGAGGGAAUACAGGUUGCAGGCCCGCAUUGCUCAUCGAAUCCAGGAGCUGGAGAACCUGCCCGGCUCUUUAGCUGGUGACCUGCGUACUAAGGCCAACAUAGAGCUCAAGGCCCUGAGGCUGCUUAACUUCCAGAGACAGCUGCGUCAGGAGGUGGUGGUUUGCAUGCGGCGUGACACUGCUUUGGAAACUGCCCUUAACGCAAAGGCCUACAAACGCAGCAAACGUCAGUCUCUACGUGAGGCCCGCAUCACAGAGAAGCUUGAAAAACAACAGAAGAUCGAACAGGAGAGGAAACGUCGUCAGAAACACCAGGAAUACCUCAACAGCAUCCUGCAGCACGCCAAGGACUUUAAGGAGUACCAUCGCUCCAUUACAGCAAAGCUCCAGAAGGCCACCAAAGCUGUCGCCACCUAUCAUGCCAACACCGAGCGCGAACAGAAGAAAGAGAACGAGCGCAUUGAAAAAGAGAGAAUGCGGAGGCUUAUGGCUGAAGAUGAAGAAGGUUAUCGUAAACUCAUUGACCAGAAGAAAGACAAGCGUCUGGCCUACUUGCUGCAGCAGACAGACGAGUACGUGGCCAAUCUCACUGAGCUGGUGCGUGCCCAUAAAGCCGUACAAGCUCUCAAAGAGAAGAAAAAGAAGAAGAAAAAGAAGAAGCCAGCGCCUCCCGAGGAUGGUGCUGCUGUUCUGGGACCUGAUGGAGAGCCCUUAGAUGAGACCAGUCAAAUGAGCGACCUACCAGUGAAGGUCAUCCAUGUGGACAGUGGAAAUAUCUUGACUGGGGUAGAAGCACCUAAGGCUGGUCAGCUAGAGACUUGGCUUGAAAUGAACCCAGGAUAUGAAGUAGCGCCGCGUUCGGACAGUGAAGAAAGUGGCUCGGAAGAGGAAGAUGAUGAGGAGGAGGAAGAGGAGCAGCCUCCCUCCACUUCAACUCCAGCCGCAGCAACAGCAGCAGCAGCAGCAGCUGCAGCAGCAGCAGCAGCAGCAGCAGAGGAGAAGAAGAAGAUUCCAGACCCUGACACUGAAGAAGUAUCUGAAGUGGAUGUCCAGCACAUCAUCGAACAUGCCAAGCAGGAUGUAGAUGACGAGUACGGUAAUGCAAGCUUCAACAGAGGCCUGCAGUCCUACUACGCUGUGGCCCAUGCGGUCACCGAGAGAGUGGAUAAACAGUCCUCACUGUUGAUCAAUGGCCAGCUCAAGCAAUACCAGAUCAAAGGUCUGGAGUGGCUGGUGUCCCUGUACAACAACAACUUGAAUGGCAUCCUCGCUGAUGAGAUGGGUCUUGGAAAAACCAUCCAGACCAUUGCCCUCAUCACUUACCUCAUGGAGAACAAGCGCAUCAAUGGACCCUUCCUCAUCAUUGUACCUCUCUCAACUCUUUCAAACUGGGUUUAUGAGUUUGAUAAGUGGGCGCCAUCUGUGGUCAAGGUCUCGUACAAGGGGUCUCCAGCUGCUCGGCGUGCAUUUGUUCCAAUCCUGCGCAGUGGCAAGUUCAAUGUGCUCCUGACCACUUACGAGUACAUUAUCAAAGAUAAACAAGUGCUAGCAAAGCUGCGUUGGAAAUACAUGAUCGUGGACGAGGGCCACCGCAUGAAGAACCACCACUGCAAGCUGACUCAGGUGUUGAACACGCACUACUUGGCCCCUCGGCGUGUGCUCCUCACCGGUACACCGCUGCAGAACAAGCUACCCGAGCUCUGGGCCCUGCUCAACUUCCUCCUGCCCACCAUCUUCAAGAGCUGCAGCACAUUCGAACAGUGGUUUAACGCCCCCUUCGCCAUGACUGGAGAGAAGGUUGACCUAAAUGAAGAAGAGACCAUUCUGAUUAUUCGUCGUCUACACAAAGUUCUCCGACCUUUCUUGCUGCGCCGACUCAAGAAGGAAGUGGAGGCCCAGCUGCCUGAGAAGGUGGAGUAUGUGAUAAAGUGCGACAUGUCAGCCCUACAGAGGGUUUUGUACAGACACAUGCAGGCUAAGGGUGUGCUGCUCACAGAUGGGUCAGAAAAAGACAAGAAGGGUAAAGGAGGCACGAAGACCUUGAUGAACACUAUCAUGCAGCUGAGAAAGAUUUGCAACCAUCCCUACAUGUUCCAGCACAUUGAGGAGUCUUUCUCUGAGCAUCUUGGGUAUACUGGGGGAGUAGUCUCUGGAGCCGAACUGUAUCGCUCCUCUGGGAAGUUUGAGCUACUUGAUCGUAUCCUGCCCAAGCUGAGGGUCACCAAACACAAAGUGCUGCUCUUCUGUCAGAUGACAACACUCAUGACCAUCAUGGAGGACUACUUUGGAUUCCGCAACUUCAAGUACCUGCGUCUGGAUGGAACCACUAAGGCAGAGGACCGUGGCAUGCUGCUCAAGACAUUCAAUGAACCAGGCUCUGAGUACUUUGUAUUCUUGCUUAGUACCAGGGCUGGAGGCCUGGGCCUCAACCUGCAGUCUGCUGACACAGUCAUCAUCUUUGACAGCGACUGGAACCCACAUCAGGACUUGCAGGCACAGGACAGAGCCCACAGAAUCGGUCAGCAGAACGAGGUGCGCGUCCUCCGCCUCUGCACGGUCAACAGUGUGGAGGAGAAGAUCCUGGCAGCAGCCAAGUACAAAUUGAACGUGGACCAGAAGGUCAUCCAGGCUGGCAUGUUCGACCAGAAGUCCUCCGGCUGUGAGCGCCGCGCCUUCUUGCAGGCCAUUCUGGAGCACGAGGAACAGGACGAGGUCGGGGCUCGAGGAGGCUGCCGCAGUAGGGGGGCGUGGGAGGAGGACGAGGUUCCCGAUGAUGAGACUGUCAAUCAGAUGAUUGCCAGAAGUGAAGAAGAGUUUGAACUAUUCAUGCGCAUGGAUCUAGACCGACGCCGCGAGGACGCUCGAAACCCGAAGAGGAAGCCUCGUCUGAUGGAAGAAGAUGAUAUGCCCAGCUGGAUUUUGAAAGACGAUGCCGAGGUUGAGAGGCUUACGUGUGAGGAAGAGGAGGAGAAGAUGUUCGGCAGAGGAUCCCGCCAACGGAAGGAGGUGGACUACAGUGACUCUCUCACUGAGAAACAGUGGCUCAAGGCCAUAGAAGAAGGCAAUCUAGAAGACAUCGAAGAGGAGGUGCGUCACAAAAAGACAACUAGGAAGCGCAAGAGAGACCGCGACCACGACGGCCCGGCCACGCCCAGCUCCAGCAGCGGACGAGGGCGGGACAAGGACGAGGAGGUGAAGAAGGCAAAGAAACGCGGUCGCCCGCCUGCCGAGAAACUCUCUCCCAACCCGGCUUCCCUCACUAAGAAGAUGAAGAAGACUGUUGAUGCUGUCAUCAAAUAUAAGGAUGGUAACGGGCGACAGCUCAGUGAAGUCUUCAUCCAACUGCCCUCUCGCAAGGAGCUGCCCGAGUACUACGAGCUCAUCCGAAAACCUGUGGACUUCAGAAAGAUUAAGGAGAGGAUUAGGAGCCAUAAGUAUCGCAGCCUCAACGACCUGGAGAAGGACGUGAUGCUGCUCUGUCAAAAUGCCCAGACUUUCAACCUGGAGGGGUCGCUGAUCUACGAGGACUCCAUCGUGCUGCAGUCUGUUUUCACCAGCGUGAGACAGAAGAUCGAGAAGGACGACGAGAGCGAAGGAGAAGAGAGUGAGGAAGAAGAGGAGGAGCUAGACGAAGGCUCGGAGUCUGAAUGUGAGUUUGAGAAAUCUCGCUCAGUAAAGGUGAAGAUUAAGCUGAGCCGGAAAGAAAAGGGCGAUCGUGGAGGAAAAGGACAGCGGCGAAGGGGCCGCGGCGCCCGCGCUAAACCUGUGGUGAGCGACGAUGACAGUGAGGACGAACAGGAAGAGGAGCGUUCAGCCAGCGGCAGCGACGAGGACUGAAGAGAUCGGACCUGAACGGCCCCCUGAGCCCCUUACUGGACUUUAUAUAUUUUACUUAGAUACAGCAGGGAGACAGCCAGUGGAGAAGGCCUAGUUUUACCUAGAUGAGCUGAUUUUUAGUGAGACUGUUGUAUUCUCAUUAAAGUAUACAAUUAAUUAAAAACCAAUUAAAAAAAAAAUAUGAAAGCUAUGAACCCUCUACUUCCAUAUUUAAACCCUUUCUCCCCAGUAUGAGUAGUAGUGUGUCUCUUUGCCUUUUUGUUUUCUCCUGUAAGUGGAAAAUGACAGAGCCUGAAUUAUAGACUGAUCGUGGGCCAUAAAGUCAGCUGUUUUUUUAAAAUGGUAUUAAUUUUUUGUCGUCCUUUUACUUUUGAGACAACGCGUACAUGUGAACCAGGAGUCACUGCAUUCCCCCGAAGUCUCUUUUUGAAUGCAUGUCGUGCGUGUCUGUGGAAAUGCACCUGGAUGUGUCGUCACUAUUAUCUCUGUGUUUAAUUUAAGACUACAAGCGGGAUCACGGUACAUCCCCACGCUGCAGUCCCUCCCUCUCAGGUUGUGUAUGUGAAGGGGCGGGAAGGACAGGACCAUUUUCUUGUGUCGGUGUCACUGGAUUCCAAAAAAAUACAAUAAAGGCAUCUCAUAAUAAA